UCACCAUCGGGAUUUUACGAGUUACGACUUACGACGAGAACGCAACGAGACGAGGCGAGUGCAGUGUUGUUGCACGAUGGUCAUUGAAUUUUUGUAGUUUUCAAAACCAAGAAAUUGAAAGUACGUGUCAAGCGUACACAAAUUUUAAUUAUGGAAGUAACUAAACACAAUUUUAAUGAGGAAUUGGACUCAGUCCUUGAAUCUAUCAAGAGCUGCACUUUUAUGGCAAUAGAUGGAGAAUUUACAGGUCUUGAUGCGUUUGACGGGGGUAACGCUGCACCGUUUGACACACCAGAGGAACGGUACAACAAGCAGAGACUGGGCUCAACAGAUUUCCUUCUAGUUCAGUUCGGACUCUGCACAUUUCAAGUUGAUGCUGAAAAACAAAGAUAUGAAGCACGUCCCUACAACUUCUACGUGUUCCCAAAGCCUCACAACAGACAAGCUCCCGACAGAAGAUUUCUGUGCCAGAGCUCAAGUAUUGACUUUCUCAUAUCUCAAGGAUUUGACUUCAACAAAGUUUUCAGAGAAGGAAUCCCUUACCUGAUGCCCGAGGCAGAACAGUCGCUCAAGGCCAAUCUGGCGCGCAGACACGAGGAGGCCAGGAAGCUGUUGUCCCCGGGGUUUGCCAGUCCGGGCGAGAAGAAAGGCUCGAUGCCCGUACCGGAGGAACAGAAGCCUUUCCUCAACGGCGUCUUUGACAAGAUCAGCAAUUUCCUGGACUCGGAUGAGUCAGAGCCCCUCCCCCUCCCCCCGUGCAACGCCUUCCAGAGGAAGCUCAUCUACCAGAGUGUGGAGGAAAAGUUUCCCCUAGUCCACAUUGAGACGGUGACAGGAGAGAAGAAAGAGCGGUACCUGUUGGUACAUCGCACCAAAAACGCUGACGACAGACUCAAGAGGGAGCAGGGCAGACAGGCUCUAGAAAUGCUAGAACUGGACAUUCAAGUGGGCUUCUCAAAAGUUAUACGAGCCAUCUCAGAGUCGGGUAAAUUGGUUGUGGGCCACAACAUGCUGUUGGAUGUCAUUCAUUCUGUGAACCAGUUCCACUGCCAUCUCCCUGAAGAAUUUGAUGACUUCAAGACAGUGGUCAAGACUGUUUUUCCCAGGUUACUAGACACAAAGCUGAUGGCAAGCACGCACCCUUUCAAGGAACAUAUAUUGUACACAAGCCUCGAUGAAGUCCGCUUGACAGUCCAGCAGCCUCCCUUUCGCCCCGUGAACAUCGACAUUGCCGAUGGGUUUGAGAGAUACAAAGAUGGCGGUGGGAGUCUACACGAAGCUGGCUACGACGCUUUCCUCACAGGCUCCUGUUUCGCUCACAUGACCAGGUUUUUAGGAACAUUUCAGAGUCCUAAGGAUGAGUUUCUAUUACCCACGUCUCGCGUUGUUGAGCCUUUUGUGAACAAAAUCUUCUUGAUGAGAAUCAACGACAUCCCCUAUCUCGACCUGAACGGACCCGACUUAACCCCACAGAGAAACCAUGUCUUUCACGUGACGUUCCCCAGAGAGUGGAAGCCCGCCGAUCUGUACAGUCUGUUCCAACCUUACGGAACCAUUCAGAUUUCCUGGUUGUCUGACUCGUCAGCUUUUGUGGCCCUGCACAAAAAGGAGAACGCAGAAAUUGCUCUGAAGGCACUUUCUCAGGAGACCGGAGUGUUUCGCGUUGUGUCAUACGCCUCCCACCAGAGGAACAGAUCCUACAAGUGGUCGUCAUCAUCGUCGUCACCAUCGGCAUCGGCAGCAGCAGUCACGCCCACCGGGGGUCAGAAGAGAAAGAUGGCCGACGCAAACCUUGAGCGCCCUCCGUCCAAAAUCGAUCGGCAGUCCCUCUCUCAGGAAUCACCAACCAGGUGCGCAGCAAUCCCGGAGGCAGAGAUGGAAACGAGUCCCUCGGAGGAAAAUCACAAGCCAAGUCGAGACACCAACCCCAGCUCUUCACAGACCAGCGAGCGCAAACCGUCUUCGGCGGGAGGCAAUGGCUCAGACACAAAAGAGGCUCCCCCAAAAGAGAAGCUUUUUGAAGAGUCUGAUGCUUGGUGACUCGAGAUGAGGGCAUUUCCUCCGUGAACUUCGCCAUCAUUUGUUGUCUCGAGUCUUGAGUAACAGCUGACAUUUUUAUGUUGUGAGAUUGUUUCAGCAGCCUUUGUAUUGGGGGGGGGGUUAUAGGUUAAAAGUUUGCAAUUCCUAAAUAUUUUACUUUCUACCCUGCAUUUCCUUUUUUUAAAGGAUUUUCGGUAAUAUGUGUUCAUUUUAGAAAAUUAUUAUCAUUAUGAUAUAUUUUAUACUCCUUAAGGGGGAAAAUGUAUUGUUGAAUUAUUUUAUUUUUUGGGGAAAAAUAGGCAAUAUCUUGGGGG